UAAAUCAACCUUGGGCCUUUUGAAAUCCCGUCUUCAUUCCUGCUUGCUGCUUGCUGCUUGCUGCUUGCAUCCUCAAAUUCGUCCAGACACCAGACGGUGAGACGGCAGGCUCCUAUCUUCUUCAAUCUUCACGCCGUCAUCUUGCUUCUUCUUCACCAUUCACGUUGAGACGUCGACAAUAAUCCAGACUACUGCCAUUCUUCUUCUUCACCGUUUUUAAUUGGGGUUACUGAGCAAGAAAAUGAAGAAACCUGGAUAUUGAGUGUAUUGGUAUCGAUAUAACACAAGAUUGUUAAUUGUCGUCAAUUUGGCAUAUUACAUUGUCAGAAAUAUAGAUUACAUCAUUAUUAUGUCUUCUCUUUCAUUCUUCUUAAGCCCAUCAACCUGCCAACAGCCUUCACUUUCUAAUAGAUUAAAGUUGAAUUCUCAUAAUCAAUGCGGCCAUCAUCAUCUCUCUGUUGCAUUGUCAUCUGUUCAAUUUCAUUCAUCUGUUGUUAAGCAUUCACUAGCUUGUGCUACAACUCCACCACAAGAAGGGGUCGUUGCUGUAAUGAAUUUUGAUGAAUUAGUUGAGAAAGAUUGGUCAUUCCUUGAAUCAAACGGCUCAAAUUCUGAAGAACUUGACAGAAAAACUGACCGAAUUAUCUCUGCUGGAAAUGUCGUGGGAACCUCAAAGGUUAUGGUUUCUCUAGGUUCGGAUAAAUUUAUUGAUCGGUUGGUCGACUCUACCCCUUGCCAACUUUUGCUUGUUGUUCAUGAAUCCCUCCUAUCACUUGCUUGUAUAAAAGAGAGACACGACAAAGUGAAGUGUUGGCAAGGGGAGUUGAUUUUCGUUCCUGAAAAAUGGGCACCCUUGGAUGUCGUUUUUCUGUAUUUCUUGCCCGGACUUCCUUUUACACUUGAAGAGAUCUUCAAAGCUCUUACGACUCGUUGUUCACCAGGUGCACGAGUGGUGAUCAGUCAUCUCAAAGGCAGACAGGCUUUGGCGCAGCUACAACGGCUGUACCCGGAUAUUGUUGUCUCCGACUUACCCGACAAGACGACGUUGGAAAAGGUUGCUUCUGAUCAUUCAUUUGUGAUGGAUGAGUUUGUUGACGAUUUGAGCUUAUACCUGGCAGUUUUGAAGUUCAAGAAAUGAAUAGGAAUCAGGAUGAACAGAAUAGCAUGAAAGAUUUACUGUUGCAAUUUUUUUUUUUUUUUUUUGAUGUUGCAAGUUGUUUUGUUAUCAUUUUUCAUUGUAUUUUUUGUUAUUUGUAUUCAGUGCCACACUUUGUACCAGCUACAUAGAUAAUAAGAAGUAUGAAAAAAAUGGAGUAUUAUUGUUAAUUAAAAUG